CAGGAUUUGAGAAAUUCAGCCGUAGCCUAGCCUAACACCCAAGGGGUUGUUGGGUUGCUUCUUCUUCAACGGUCAAAUUGAUUUCUCAACACAGGUCAUGUUUUACUUGCAUUCGAUUAUGUGAAAGAACGUGGCACUGAGAGGACAACAGGAGAGGUAGUUGCAGUGACGUAUUUGCAAGACCCUAGUAGUCUUAAAAUGGGCAGCCAUCAUUGGGAAACGGAGCUGAAGAAAGAGCGUAAACUUGUUGCAGAACUUUCCCAGGAGAUCGAUGUGAAAAAUAAAAAGAUUUUGGAGAUGGAGUACAGAUAUAAAGAGAAUGUUGCUACCACCAAAAAACUUGUUUUUGGUCUUAUAAAGAAGAUCAAUUCAAAGGACAGAAGUUUAUUCGAAUUGGAGCAGAAAUACGAUGAGACUUCUACUACCAUGAGAUGGUUGAAGCAUAAGAAAACCAAGCUGGAAGAAGAGCAUAAAGAUGAAAUUAGAGAGAGGGAUUUAAUCAAUUUGAAUCUGACGCGUGACAUGGAGCUGCGAAAGACAGAAUUGCAGCAGCAAGCUCAAGAACUGGAGGAGUGCAAGGCUCAAUAUGCCUUGGAGUGUAGCAGGUUAACAGAUGAGAUUAAAAAGUUGAAAGGCAAGCUGCAAAACGAAGAUUCUACAGGAAGCGAAAAUAACUCUAGGGCUCAAAUAAAUGCUCUGAGGGAAGAGUUAAUGGAACAAGCAGAGGCAAUGCAGGAUCUGGAGAUGCUUUAUCAGACACUGAUAAUCAAGGAGUCCAGAAGUAAUCAAGAGCUUCAAGAGGCGCGCAGAGAGUCAAUUCUUGGAAUGGAAAAGAAAAAUUUAUUGUCUGACCAAACAACCAUUCAAAUCAAAAGAAUGGGCGAGGUUGACCAUAAAGCUUUUCACUUGACGUGCUCUGUUAAAUACCCCAGUGAAGACUGCGAGGAGAUAUCAGCCAAACUAUGUUCAACCUGGCAAGAACAUGUGAGAGAUCCACAUUGGCAUCCUUUCAAGAAAGAUAUCAUUAAUGGCAGACUGCAUGAAAUUAUCGACGACAACGACGAGAAAUUGAAAGAGUUGAAAAAAGAAUAUGGAGAGGUCAUGUACAGAGCUGUUACCAAUGCACUUUUGGAAUUGAAUGACUACAACCCAAGUGGAAGUUAUCCUGUCCGUGAACUUUGGAAUGUAAAGGAGGACAAGAGAGCUGCUUUGAAAGAAAUCAUACAUUUCCUGAUCAACAAGUUUAGGACUCGCAAGCGGAAAAGAAGCUGAGCUCUCGCAUUGGCACCAAAAUGUCCAGCAUGCUCUGACAGACAGUCAGCUAUUAGUUUACUAUGUGAGAGACUAGGAGUAGGAGGAGCUAUGAGGGCUGGGAGGGAGGAGAAAAGAACAUCACUGAGGUGGUUUGAACAGACAUUGUGCCAUGUGAUGAAUUUUAGUACAUCAGCCAGACAGAUGAACAUUCAUGAGGCUAACUGGAAACUAAGAUUGCAAUAAGUGCUGCCUUGUAGAUGGAUGCAUCUAUUUUGGUCAAUUAACGAGGCUUCAAGCUUUUUUUGAUUUGUCGCAGUGGCUUUGUCUGAUUAAAUAAUAAUCAACCAUACAUCAGUUGGUUUUCUGUUUUCUUGGGUGUCAAAAUUAAUGAGACUAAUAAAACUAGUUAACUUCUGGUUACAAACGGCUAUAUUACCUUGUCUCUUUCAACGACUAUAUUUUGUACUAUUAUACAUGUGUAUGGCUUUCAUUUGUUACUCUGUGCUGUCCUUUAUCACCUUGACGUGCCAUCCUCUGUUGUACACGUUUCUAUAUAUUAGGAAUAGGUUGUAUCAUCUUCUUUAAUGAAAAUACUGAGUACAAGCUCUUUUAUGGCAUUAACCCGAAGUGACUUGACUGUAACAAGAAGCUAACUAGUCUUAUUAGUCUCAUUACUCCCCCGAAAUUAGUUUUUUUAAAACUAAAGAGGUUAUAGGUUCGACUUAAAAAAUUUUCAUGAUUUCUUACAUUCCAACAUUCUGAAUAAAUUAACCAAUCCACCUACAUAAGGAAGCCAAAUGAUCUCCACUUAGGAAACAGAGUUCAGUAGCCAG